AAAAAAAAGGCACCUCAGUCCACAUUCUAAAAUCAACAACAACCAAGAUUGAACAAACAGCUCAGACACAGCUCUCUCUCUCUCUCUCUAUACGAUAAACUUUUCUUUUUUAGUAAAUUUUGUUGUAACUUUCAAGGCAAAGGGUGUGGCACAACUCCCGUAGUUGUAGAGUAAAAUGAGCGGCCUAGAUGCAGCCAGAGCAGAACUUGCCCUUGCAGUUUUGUACUUAAACAAAGCAGAGGCAAGGGACAAAAUAUGUAGGGCAAUACAAUAUGGUUCAAAAUUCCUGAGUAAUGGAGAGCCUGGCACUGCUCAAAAUGUUGACAAAACAACUAGCUUAGCAAGGAAAGUAUUCCGUCUUUUCAAGUUUAUAAAUGAUCUGCAUGGGCUUAUUAGUCCACCUGCCCCAGGAACCCCACUUCCACUCAUCUUGCUGGGAAAGUCAAAAAAUGCAUUGCUAUCGACUUUCUUGUUUCUGGAUCAAUUCGUGUGGCUUGGAAGGACAGGCAUUUACAAGAACAAAGAACGCACUGAGUUACUUGGCAGGAUCUCUCUCUUUUGUUGGAUGGGUUCCUCGAUCUGUACCACUUUAGUGGAGAUUGGUGAGCUUGGGAGACUUUCAGCAUCAAUGAAAAAGCUGGAGAAGGAACUCAAGAGUAGCGAAAAAUACAAGAACGAGCAAUACCGGAGUAAGCUUCAGAAGUCAAAUGAGAGGUCCCUAGCCCUGAUUAAAGCAGGCAUUGACAUAGUAGUUGCUGUUGGAUUACUCCAAUUGGCACCUAAGAAGGUCACUCCUCGUGUAACAGGAGCCUUUGGAUUUGUUAGCUCCUUGAUAUCAUGUUAUCAGUUGCUUCCAGCACCGCCAAAGGCCAAGACGCCGUGAAAGGCUCUAAUGCCGUUGAUGAAUUCCCAAGAUCACUAGAAUAAUUAUUUGUGAUAUGCAUACUGCUUAUGAAGUCUCAGCAGUUUGUCUACAUGUUGCAGUAAAAUAUUACCUUGUUUUCUGCAUAUUUCAUUUUGGUACAGUACUUUAAUAAUGAUAUGAUGUGUCUUAGAUUUUACUACA